GGUGUUUAGACAGUACGGAAAAGGAUAAUGAAGGAAUCCUAACGAGAAAAAAAUGAAGCUAGUAGACGAUGUUGUUAGAAGUCUGCGCGUUGCAAAAAUAUUUAGAGAAAAUACUGAUAGAAUAAGUAGUUUGAAUUUUUCUGCGAAUGGUGAAACGUUGAUUACAAGUAGUGAUGAUGAUUCUAUUGUUAUUUACGAUUGCUUGAAUGGAACGCCUAAAAGAACACUUAACAGUAAAAAAUAUGGAGUGGAUUUAAUUCGUUAUACACAUGCACAGAAUACAGCUUUGCACUGUUCAACUAAAGUGGAUGAUACUAUCAGAUAUCUUUCCUUGCAUGACAAUAAGUAUAUUCGCUACUUCCCAGGACAUACAAAAAAAGUUGUCACAUUAUGCAUGUCACCAAUAGAUGAUGCUUUUAUAUCUGGCUCAAUGGAUAAAACAAUCAGACUGUGGGAUUUAAGGUCUCAAAAUUGCCAGGGAUUGAUGCACUUGUCCGGUCGCCCUGUUGCAGCCUUUGAUCCUGAAGGGCUUAUUUUUGCAGCAGGUGUUAACUCUGAGAGUGUGAAGCUGUAUGAUUUAAGAUCAUUUGAUAAAGGACCAUUUACAACAUUUAAGCUUCCACAAGAUAAAGAAUGUGAUUGGACUGGUCUUAAAUUUAGCCCUGAUGGAAAAAUGAUUUUAAUUUCAACAAAUGGAAAUGUUAUUCGUCUUAUUGAUGCAUUUCAAGGCACCCCACUUCAGGCAUUUAUGGGCUUUACAAAUCACAAAGGGAUUCCACUGGAAGCUUCAUUUACUCCUGAUGCUAGAUAUGUUUUCUCUGGAUCAACGGAUGGGAAGGUUCAUUGUUGGAGUACAGAGUCUGGAGUCAAAAUGGCUAUUUUACAAUCAGACCACCCUGGACCAAUUCAGUGUAUUCAGUUUAAUCCAAAAUACAUGAUGAUGGCUUCUGCAUGUCAAAAUAUGGCUUUCUGGCAGCCAGCUGUGGAUGACUGAGUUUUGUUUUUUCAAUGAAUGGGUGAUAGUGUUGUUUCUGCUCCACAUUUGAUGUAAUUCGCUAGACAAAAAGAGUAAAAGUAUAUUGUGAAUGUAACAAGAUGAAUUAUUUGUGUGAAUGUUCAUUGUAUAUUUAAAUUCAUUGGAUGAUUAUUUUCGUCUGUGAACAGCUUCAUUAUAAUUAUCAUAUGUUAAUAUCAUAUUAAAUUUUUUAAGUUUGUAAUAAAUGUUUUAUUUGUUAGAGAAAUAUUUUCUGCUUUUUUUGUUUUGUUGUAAUGAUUAAUUUUUUCAUUUUUAAAGUUAAAAGAUGUUUGUACAUAGUAAUGAAUUAAUUUAAAACAUAUUCUUAUAAAUCACAAAGAACUCUGCUUUUAAUAGGUAGUUAAUUCAAACUGGCCUAAAAAGUGCUCAUUUAGUGAAAAAUUGUUUACAUUAAAUUUUAAAUAGUAUAAAUUUGAGUUGUUGUUCAACUUUGUCUUUGACCAUCCUAUUCAUCUCAUUUUUGGGCCAUUUAUUGUACCUCAUCAUAGCGGAAUACAAUAUUAUAUUUAUAUUUGAAAUUUUAAAAGAUACUCAAGUUACCAUCUUUUGAGAAACCAUAGUACAGUUACCGGAAAUUGCUCCAAAGUUGAUAGAAAACUGCAAAUUCGAUAUAAUACAUACAGGGUUGAAAAACUUAAGUUGUUUUAGCUACUGAAGUUUAUAAAAUUUGAAAAUCUUGACUUAUAUUUUUGCACGCUUUACAAAGCAUCUUUUAUUUCUGUAUAUGAUAAAGUAGGACUAGGAGGUGUUAAAAAAUGAAAACCGUAAAAAAAAACUAUUCAGCACAAUUUACAAACCUCUACCCUGUAUAUGAGAAAGUAAAUAUCUAAGGCCAAUACUUUUCAUUGCUGGGUCUUUUUGUAGCUGAUUCUGAUUGGUUUUGUCCUUUUAGACAAGGGUACUCUGAAAAUUAAUUAAACCAGAUUUAACUUUAAUAGUUGUUAGUUGUUGAAAGAUUUUUUACUGCAAUUUUCAUAAGUAUAAAUGGUCAUGUUUUUAUAAUUUUCUUUGCUUUUUCAACGAUCCACAAUGGAGAAAGUCUUUAAAAAAAAUAAUACUUAAUAAAUAACUUAAGAGGCCUACAUGACGAUUAACUUAACAUAAAUUUAUAUUGCUAUAAAGAGUCAUCCAUAAAUAAUGUUGCACUUCUGAGAGUUGGACGUUUGUGAUGAAGGGAGAGGUUGAGUUCAGAAAGUGUUAUGACACGACAAUAAAUUAAAAAUAU